GGACAAAGUUUUGCCAAAGCAUAGUGUGCGGAAGCUUUGUACGAGAAACAUCAGUAAACACGAGCAGCGCAUUUUCAUAUCAAGGUGCAUCUUCCCAAUUGAUCGCCGAACAUUGCAGGCAACAACAAGUCUCGUCUCUUUACAUAACCUUUCCACGAGCACGGAGGAAUGUAAACUGAAAAGGGCAGAUCCACCGCUCACACCCCUCCCGUCCCCACACACACAGUCCAAGUGAGUCCCACACACAUGCACCCAGUCACUCCUUAUCUCCACCAACAGCUUUGAAGCAAGAGCUCCUUGACCCAUCCACAUGUGUGUACGUGCACGUUAGGUAGAGUCAGGAACAACAGGCAAGAGCUGAGGGUUUUGUGACCAGAUCUGGAAUGGGAGGGAAUGUCACAGUAACAGCUGCUCCCUUGCAUUAAGAGGCUCUGAGGCUGACAGAGGACAAUCACAGGGACAUACCCCCAAAGAGACCCUCCACUGUGGUGAAGUCGCAGUGCAGAUUGCCUGUGGUUUGCGCGACCGAGAGAGGGAAAACGCUGGAUUGAGGCGUUGUGUUUGCGCGUGCGACUGCCCCAUCCUGCCUGGAGCAAAGAUGAGGAUGAGGGAGCUUACUUUACGUCAGGAUCCCGACCUCAGGAAGGAGCUGGCUCUCCUGGCGCGGGGAUGCGACUUUGUUCUGCCUUCUCGGUUCAAGAAGAGGCUCAGAGCCUUCCAGCAAGGACAGGCCCAGGUGAGGACGGAGGAGCCGGUUACAACUGCACUGAGUGAAAACAUUCCCAAGUUUUACUUCCCACAGGGCCGGCCCCAAGCCAACCUCAACAUCGACGGCCUCAUUUCCAAAAUUGAGAAAAUAUUUUCACAAUUCCCAAAUGAAAGAGCCACCAUUGAAGACAUGGGGCUGGUCGCCAAGGCCUGCGAGUGUCCCCUCUACUGGAAAAUGCCAUUGUUCUGCUCAGCUGGAGGCGACAGGACGGGUUUCGUCUCAGUACACAAGUUUGUGGCUAUGUGGAGAAAAACGCUGCAGACCUGUCACGAUGAUGCUUCUAAAUUUGUGCACCUCUUGGCCAAGCCUGGCUGUAAUUACCUGGAACAAGACGACUUUAUUCCAUUCCUGCAGGAUGUAGUGAACUCGCAUGCAGGCUUGGCCUUUCUAAAAGAAGCACCGGACUUUCACUCGCGAUAUAUCACCACGGUAAUUCAGAGGAUAUUUUACAAUGUGAACCGGUCAUGGACUGGAAAAAUAACCUUUUCCGAGCUCAGGAAAAGUAAUUUUCUUCAGAAUGUGGCACUGCUGGAGCAGGAGGAAGAUGUGAACCAGCUGACAGAAUACUUCUCUUAUGAGCAUUUUUAUGUGAUCUACUGCAAGUUCUGGGAGCUGGACUCUGAUCAUGACCUCUACAUUGACCAGAAAGACCUGGUGCGGCACAAUGACCAAGCCAUUUCCCAGAAACUGAUUGAAAGGAUAUUCUCAGGAACAGUCACAAGGGACAGACGGGUGUAUAAGGAGGGAAGGCUAAGCUACGCUGAUUUUGUUUGGUUCCUCAUUUCUGAGGAAGACAAGAAGACUGACACCAGCAUAGAGUACUGGUUCCGCUGUAUGGACCUGGAUGGGGACGGGGUGCUCAGCAUGUACGAGCUGGAGUUCUUCUACGACGAGCAGUGUCAGAAACUGGAGGCCCUGGCCAUCGAGCCCCUUCCGUUCGAGGACUGCCUCUGCCAAAUGCUCGACCUCGUCAAACCCGAGGUGGAAGAUAAGAUAACCCUGCGGGAUCUCAAGAGGUGCAAGUUGGCCCAUAUCUUCUUUGACACUUUCUUCAACAUCGAGAAGUACCUGAGCCACGAGCAGCGGGACCCUUUCUCUGUCAUAAGGGAGGCUGAGACGGACGGCCAGGAAGUUUCAGACUGGGAGAAGUAUGCAGCAGAGGAGUACGACAUCCUGGUGACAGAGGAGGCUGAAAAUAAUCACUGCAACGAUGUGUACGAUAAUCCCUUGAGCCCACUGGGGCAGCACAUCUCCAGCGAGUUGGGUCUGACGAAGAGGCACUUCUUUGAGAUCCCCACGCCACACUGCAACCUGGACAUGGCCGAAUACGAGUACGAAGACGACUUCGAAUGACGCUCCCUCCUCUUCCGUAUAUACAGUAAAACGUGACGCGGCUAUGAAAACGGCGUCGCGCCAAAAAAAAAAAACAACAAAAGAAAUCGGCAGACUCCAGACUCAAAAACCAGAAGGCGCCUUAGACGUCUCGGAGUCCCGCACGUCCAACGAACGAAUGGUCAAAAAGUGUGUGGCGCUGCAAGGUUUGCAGCACUCAGAGGCAAUUUUAUAUUUUCAUGUGUCACACUUAAAAAAAAAAAAUCACCAGCGAUGACUUAAUAAUGUUGAAAGCUGUAACUCUUUCUUACUUUUCUUUCUUUCACUAUUGCUCCCCUCCUCAUGUUAAGAAGCCUUUACCGUCACGGAUCAUUCAGGGAAAGUCCUGCUGCACCAAAACAUCGGAGUUGCCAAACGGCAUUAGUUCUACACCAGAUCUCCCUGAAUAGUUUGAGACCUUAUUGAUUUCAUUCAGGGAUCAGAUUUAUUGGCUAAUGUUACAUUCCAGUAAUCAUAUCAAAGGGGUUUUUUCUACAAGGCUGUAAAUGCUUAAAGGGUCUGUUGCUGUAAACUCCUAACGAGCCACAGUCUAAGCCUUCUGCUAGCCAUUCACACGACCACACACACACACACACACACACACACACACAAACCACAUACUGUACGUGUCUGCGUUCAUUAGGACUUUAAUGUAGAAUUGGGUUUCUAAAUUAUUUGAGAUGAAUUUAUAAAGUACUGUACAUAUUUAUUAUGAGUUUGCCGUGUUGUAAAUGAUUUGGGGUUUUAGACAUUUUUCUAUGGUACAGAGAACUUUGCGUGAAUGUGCUUUGAGAGGAAAUAAAGGAACAUUUAUUUGUUUUUGGUUUUUUUUUUUAAUUAAUAAUGAAGCUUUAGUUACAACAGUAAAGGAAUAGUGCUGGUUUUUAUACUAUAUGACUAAAUUCAUCUGAAAAGAAUGUGGGACAUUCUCUGAAUGUAUGAUUUUCUUGUUUUGUUUAGUUUUGGGGUUUUUGCCCCAUGUUGCUCUGUCACCGUUGUACUUCUGCUGUGCACUCAAACCUGCAUAAAUGUUCCGAUGCCAAAAACAUAAUUUUUUUUUUUUCUUUUGCAUUUUCCACAUGGGUAUGAAGUAAGAAGGCAAACACUGAGAAAUGUUUUGUACAUUUAGAUAAAGUGGCAGAAAGGAAAACUGAGCAAUGAUUCAAAAAUGAUGGCAUUGGUAUCACGAGGAAAAUUCAGUAUGAUUUACGGUGGUACUGUAAAGAUAAAUUCAACAUUAGCGUUCAAUCUUUCUGUUGGACUAAUAUUUGAAAUAUUUUAGCUAGUUAUUAAAGGGACACUUAAUUUUACUGAUCAACACUGAAUGUCUCAACUGGGUUUAAGAGUCAUUUAGUUGCUUUGUAGAAAAAAAACUCAUGAGAAAUAAACUUUCUAUAGAAUAAAA